CUCGGUCUUGUCGUUAAAAAAUGCCACAUUAGUCACUUUUUUUGCCAGAUAAAUAGACCUUCCUUUGGGUAGCAGGAAUGAUGUGACUGCUAGGGAAAGAAAAAGCUAACGUUAGCUGAGCAGAGAACAUAUGCAUGUCCAAAGUCACUAGCAGGAAGGGGAACUAACCGCUAGCUAUCAAUCCAAAUAAAUUGGUUCAUGCACUUCCACAAAAUAAUAGGAGCUUUAAUUUUAGACAUGGUAAACAUUGGAUCUGCAAAUUACUUGGCUGAUCUUGGAUAAGAGUAACUAAUAACGUGAAUAAUGACAACCGGCUAAUUUGACCAAUUGAACGUUGCUAGGUAGCGAGCAUAGCUAGCUUUCUAAUAGCCAAUGCCUUAGGAUCUAACUCGGCGUGUUUGUUAUUUCACAUGCCAGUCAGUUACCAAUCUGAUGGUAACUCGCUAGCAUUUGCAUCUAACAACUUCAACAGCACUACGUCAGUGGGGACGUCGCGCGUUUGAAUAAUACGUUUUCUGGCCCAUACAGGGUGAAAUGCCGGUAGGAUUAAUGUAGGGCUAAGGUUAGCGUUGGCUAGUUGGCGAGCUAAUAGCCUGCUUGACGAUAUCUACAUUAGCCAGCUAGCUAACUAGCUAGUUUGGUUUAACAGUUCAGAAUGUUGUGAACAAGUUCGUCCUCUUGGACAUGGUGAGCCUUUAUGGCGAAUGUCUGCGCUCUUCCAUUUAUCAGUUCAAAUCUACGGUCAACUCUUGUCAGUGCGCUAACAUUGCCAAUGUUAAAAGCUAGUGAGACGUCAUCAGUACUAUCUAGCAAGCGCAGCGUUGGUUGACAAGCUCCAUGUCUAGAAUCCAUUGAGACUUUUUUUUAAGAGAGAAAUGUCAGUCACAUAUCCAUGGAAUAGGUUGAGUGUGUUCAUCUUUAAAAAUAUAAUAAUAAACAGAUACCUGGUAGCAUUUUACAAUGGCUAUCAACUUGGCCCUUAAAGUGAAGUUGGAUUGUACAGCCCACUCUGUACUCGGCCAGCGCCUAUAAAGAUGGCAGAGACCAUCUAUGAAGGCUUUGAGAAAAUGGCGAAGAAACAGAACAAGGAACAGGUGCCACCGGCGCCGGAGCCUCAGCAGAAGAAGCCUAAGGAAAGCAAGCCAGCCAAGAAGUCCCUCAUUAACGACUCCCCCAAACCCAACCGCUAUCGCAAUCUGGAGGAAGCCAUAAGAGGCUUGGAUGUGAGGGAGUUGAAGCAGCAGCUGGAGAAGAGUCAGACUCUGUUCCCAGAGAACCCCUCGGUGUGGGUGAAGGACCUGGCCGGGUAUCUGAACUCCAAGCUGACCGCCCCAGACAAUGACCCCACUCUCAGCACAUAUGCACACGAUUACCCAUAUUGCUUAGCAGGGAAGGAACUGCGUGCCAUAAUCAAGAAUGUGCUGGUCAAAGGCAGCGAGACUUUGCAGGACUUUUUUGACCACUGCCUUUUCACCAUGCUGAGGGAGCAGGACAAGCAAACAGGUGAAUCUCUCCAUGGCUACAGAAUUUGCAUUCAGGCCAUAUUGCAGGACAAGCCCAAAAUAGCCACCCUCAACCUGGCAGAUCACCUGGAGCUGCUGCGCUCGCACCAGAACCGCCCAGUCAAGUGCCUGACCAUCAUGUGGGCCCUCGGCCAGGCCGGCUUCUAUGACCUCAGCCAUGGACUCCAAGUUUGGCUGGGCAUCAUGUUGCCAGUACUGGGGAUGAAGUCCUUGUCCUCAUACGCCAUUGCCUAUCUGGAGCGCCUCCUCAUGCUCCAUUCCAACCUCACGAAAGGCUUUGGGAUCAUGGGACCCAAAGAACUGUUCCCCCUGCUGGACUUUGCCUACAUGCCCAAAAAUGCACUGCCAACCAGUCUUCAGGAGCAGCUGAAGCGGCUGUACCCACGGCUCAAGGUCCUGGCGUUCGGAGCGAAGCCCGAGUCUACUUUACACACAUACUUCCCUUCCUUCCUGUCCAGAGCCACGCCAAACUGCCCUGAACCCAUGAAGAGAGAGCUGCUGAACAGUCUUACAGAGUGCUUGUCUGUGGAUGCGCACAGUUUGGGAGUUUGGAGGCAACUGUACACCAAAUAUCUUUGUCAGUCGAGCUUGCUGUUGAGUCAUUUGCUGAAGUGCUGGAACACAUUGCCGCUAAAGUUACGGAAAAGCCUUCAGGAAACCAUUCAGUCCUUUAGAGUGACUAACGAACAGCUCGGUGACGGUGAGGAUGUCCAGGAAUGCAAUAUGAUGUGCAAUAGGAUACAGAUGAAGAUGCGGGGACAGGGGUUCCCCUGGUCACGGCUGCUUAUGGCAAUGUUAGUAUUUGCCGUCGGGUUCAUCGCACAUGAUGUCCGAUCGCAUGGGUCGUUCUCCGCCUCCACCACAGCCCACUACCUGGAGAGUUCAGGCAUCACAGAUGCAUCCCUUCAGGCCUGGGGCAAAGUCACAACUUACAGCCAGCAGGGCUUCAGUUGGCUGGAGGAAAACACACCAUAUUAUUACUCCCUGGCUGUGGAGAAAGUGGGGCCAGUGGUCGAGGACGGUUGGGAAAAGACAAAGAUGGCAACAGCCUUCAUCGCCACACACACCUCCGAGCUUGUGGAAUGGAUUAAAGAAAAUACUCCCUUGUUUAUUGAAUGGCUGAACACCAACACACCGGAGAGUGUGCUUCAGUUCCUGGAGUAUAUGAAGGAGCUGCUGCUGUUCCUGCAUGAGAACUACAUUCUCCCAGCGAUGGACUACAUCUUACAGGGCCUCCAGCACGCCUGGCAGGCUUUCCAGGACUCCUGCAAUGGGGAGGUAUCGCUCUUAUGCAUCCAGAAUCACAUGGUGUCUUUCACCAACUCCACCUGGAUUUACCUGCAGGACACGACAGCCUCCAUCAGAGACUGGGCUCAGGAGUUACUGUCCCGAGCGUGAUACCCAAAAACACAUACUCAGUCGCAAUUUACGUAAAAAUUACACACAGAUAUAUAUAUAUAUACACACACACACAAACACACCCUCCCCCUUACAGAGACUACCUUUGCUUCUGUUGGCCUCUCCAAUCAGGGUGCACAGAAACACACACACACACCUUUUAGACACAAAGCUUAUGGAAGAGGAAGCAGAGUCCCCUCCUCCACCUUAUUUCCUGGAUUCUUUCACCUUCUUUUGAUUCUUUUUCCUUUUCAACAAAAUUGCAUGAUUUUUUAUCAGAUUGUUUUUCUACUGGUGGGAGAAAUGUCCCUUUUUUUGUCUUUUUAUAAGCGUUCUUCAGGUGUGCAAAACAGUAUUUAUUUCCAGCGAGAGUUUGCCAAAAGGCAGCAGACAGCCCUGGACAAGCCGAGCUCUUAGAGCAGAGGACUCAUGAAGACCCACAGCGAUCACACAAAAAAAACGUGAAUAAAGAUGUACGAUUUAAAUCUAGACGAGUUCAGUGAAACACUUUGAUUCUGCCAUAUUUGACUACUCAUAGGUAGUUGGUGACUGUGUGGAUGUUUUGUCUGUAGGUUUGUGUGUUUGUGUGUAUGUCUGCAGCAUUAGAGAGUUGAACCAACUGCUUUGCUCUCUCUGAAAGCUGCUGCCUCCGAAUUAACUUGUGUUUGUGUGAAGCCUGCUGAUGGCGUGACUGAACACUGGACUUCAGUGGACUGCUGCUGCUGCUCCCUGUUGCAGAUUUUACUUGAAGGUCGAUUCCUUUCAGUAAAUGGAUGAAUGAAUGAGCGAUUACUGCGCCCACUCCCAUACACUUAUAUAGGACCCCCCCCCCCCCUUUCUAAAUGUCCCGUAUUAGCUUUUCAUCUCCUUGAGGGAUGAUGUCUAAAUCCUUGGAUGGCCUAAAGAAUGAAGAAAUGCUGUGAAUGCAGGGAAGGAAAAUUGUAUGACAAUGAAUGCAUUUGUUACUCUUAAAGUGAUCUAUGAAUAAAGAUUUAAGCCUGG